GAGGAAUCGCAUUUCCUGCACUGGCCAUCAACAGGGUGUACAGUACAUUCUCCUGGGUUUUAACUAGGAGUCGCACUACUCCGUCAGUGCACAUUGUUCAGGAGGAGAUUGAGGGAGGAGGAAACAGACUUGUUCUCACAGGCAGCCAGAAGGGGAGAUCACACAGAGCCAGAGAGCCUUGCUGCUGACACAGUCACCACUCAGCAGCAGCAGCAGCAGCACCAGCACACACCGGGAAAAGGGGGAAACUUGCAUCAAUAUUACAGAUUGCAGCUCCAAAAAAACGCUUCCUCCAGAAACUAGCGAUACAGAUCGCCCGCAAGUCUCUAGUUUAUUCUACGCGAGACAGAUCUGCCCGGGGAUAGACAAGUGUGUGCGCCUGGAGCACAGGGACAGAGCCUUUGGUCUGGUGGGGAUUCCUGCAGCAACAAGUGAGGGCGCAAGAGCUGGGAUCCGGCUGAGCAACUUUACACUGUCACUUGUGACUCCCGCAAGCCUUACUGGGGGUGAUAAUGAGGAAUAUUUGGAUACUGCUUACAUUUGGCUUGCUGGCCCUUGUGUCCGGGGAGACGUGGCCCACUACAACAUCGGACAAAGACCUGUAUAUUGAUAACACGUCAGUUGAAGAAUCUUCCGGAACAUAUCCUAUUGAUGAUGAUGAUUACUCCUCUGGCUCUGGAUCAGGGACAGUAGAUGCCGAAGAUGAAGAAGUCGCUGUGCAGAUAACGACCCUGCGAUCGCUUCCAGAGAGCCCACCCACGAGCGACGCUCCAGCUGUAGAAAUGACCACGCUGAAUAUGCAGACGAAGAUACUAAUAGAACCAGAGAAGCCGGAGAGAAAGAGUCCUGCAGACCCUAUACAGAGUAAGCCUCCCAGUGAGAAUGACGUGCAUACAGAGAAGCAGUCUGAGAACCUAUUCCACAGAACAGAAGUUCUUGCAGCGGUCAUUGCUGGUGGAGGCAUUGGCUUUCUCUUUGCUGUAUUCUUAAUCUUGCUGCUGGUUUACCGCAUGAGGAAGAAGGAUGAGGGUAGCUAUGAUCUGGGAGAACGAAAACCAUCCAGCGCGGUCUACCAAAAGGCACCGACUAAAGAGUUUUAUGCAUAAAACUCAUCUAUAAGUGUCUCUUUUUAUGAGAUCACUGAACUUUUUUUUUUUUCUUUUAAAUAAAGCUUUUGCAUAGAAAAAAAAAAGAUUUUUUUUUUUUCGUUCAGUAAGGAGCAUCGGAGGCGAGUUUAUGGUAUGAGAAAAAAAAUCCCAUUGUAUUUAAAAAAAAAAUUAUAAAUAAAAAUACAAACACCUUCAUGUAUUCAUUAAAAAAAUAAAAACAAAACAAAAAAAAAGUUAAUUCAAAAUCUUUGCAUUGUUCAGUGGGUAGCAGUGGCAGAGUAUUAUUUUAUAAGACCAUUGGUAUUCACCAAGAUGUCUCGGACCUUUAUGCAUAAACAUACGAAAAAAUAAAACAACGAGAAUGGUGUCUUUCAAUCUUUGGGUCUAUGAAAGGUUGUUUAAUAUUUUUAGCAUGUCUCAGAUCUUUCAAAUUUUAGUUUUAUUUCAUUAAUUUAUCUGUUUCCAAACAAAUGCCUUUUAGUAGUUGUCUUGGUGCAAUUGUCUUAGAACUCAGAUAUUCAGUAUAUUAGUGUAAAUGUACUUUUUUUUUAUUUUUUGUUCCUUUUUUUUUGUUUUUUCCUUUCUAUGUAAACAUUACAUUUGUAUAAAUUUGUGUAAUGAUAUUCAUUUUUUUACACUACUGCUCUGUUUCAGUGUAUUUUCUGACCGAUCUAUGCUGACUAAUGUGUAAAAACAAAGUUGGAAUAUCUAUUUACAAGCUGUUACUUUGUAAACUACUUUCUUUUAUUUAAAGGUGCAUUCUCUCUUAAAUGAGUGUUGUCGCAGACUUUAUUCUAUUUUUCCAAAUAUUGUUUCACCCCUUUACAAUAAAAGGUAUUAAUUUACUCCUACGUUAAAUAAUAUACAUAUUAUAGGGAAGCUAUCCUAUUUCUGUUUGUUUCUAUACAUUAUCAUAUAGUGAAGGUUUUUUCUGUAAUGUCUUAUGUUUUUUGUAAGUCAGAGAUCUGGAUCUUAUUAUAAAGCGUCAGGUUGUGAAACCCGGCGCUUCAGAUAGCGUUUAAGUUAGAUAUUUAAAAGGCCAAUGCUUUUACUAGCCAUGUAUUGCUAGUAAGAUCAUUGCCCUUUUAAACAUUGGGCAUAAACACCAUCAGAAGGGGCAGGUUUUACUACCCGACGCUUCGUUAAAUAAACCACCUGGGGUCCCAUUUAAUACAGCAACACAUCAAUAGCUGUAUUUCCUAAGUCAUGCCAAUAUUUAAUUAAGAACACAUUUUAAGUGCAGGGAAAUAAAUUCCUUAUCUCAUAGUUUUUUUGUUUUUUUUUGUUUUGUUUUUUCAAGAAUGGAACGACAGAUCUAAACAAUGUAAUAAAGCCUUCACAAGAUUGGGGUUUUUAGCGCCUUAUAUUUUUCUACAUUUAAAAACAGAUACAGUGGUUAUACAAAGAUAAUUAUUUUUGUCAAAUUGCAAUUAUUUGCUGAAAUGUUACUUAUAACUACUGGGCGUCAUUUUUAGAAUAACGGUUCAAAAUCUGGUUUCUGAAUCAACUGGAGUUUAGAGUUAAAAAAAAAAAAAAAUACUAUUUUUUGUUCGUCCUUGUUUUUCUUUUUCUUAUAAUUGACGGAAAUUUCCGGUAAAUAAUAGGCAUAAAAUUGCAGCCAAAAUACAGUUUAGGGCUCUUUUUAAUUAUAAUGAAAAUAGCAGGCAUGCAUAACCAAUUAUAAGAUGAGCCUAUUAACUUGUUAUAAUGUCCAAUUCAUUUUAAGAGUUUAUGCACCUUUAAUAACCUCUAUAGGAGAGGGCCAGUGAUACAUAGCAUUUACUGAUGUGACUUUGGCUACAAAAAUGUAUUACAUAAGAGAAGCAACCAUAAUUAGUUUAUAGGAGGCUCUUCAGCUGGCAAGGUGUGCUGGAACUUGUCGUUUAAAAGCAGCCCAAGAGCUACACAGGCUGCCUAAUCCUGAUAUGGACUAUAGAUGAGCCAAAUCCAAAGACUAGAACAGUAUUCUGACAAAGUUGCAGAAGUCUGUGGCCGCUGUACAAACUCCUUCCCAUUUUAUUUCUGUUUCCUGAAGGUACGAAUAGGAGUUUCAAGAGCAAUUUUUUGUCAUUUUCACCAUGCAUUUAAUUUGUACAAGUCUUUUUAAAGCCUUUGAAGUGCCUAUGAUUCCAUGUAACUUGUUGCAGACUGUGUUACAGAGUGUAUGACCGUAAACAAAAAUGUUGGUAUUUUAUAAGCACAGAAAAAAAAAAUCUAAUGGAAAUUUUGUAGUCUUACAUCAGUAGACCUAAAAUGUAACUUGGGAACAUAAACACUACUAAAUAAAAAAAACAAAAAAACAAAA